AUGAACAAGCUUGGAAGCUUGAAGAACCUCAAAGGUGAAUUGGAGAUACGCAAUCUGGAACUGGUAAACGGUAAAGAAGAAGCUGAGGAAGCAAAUCUAUUUGAAAAGGCUAAUCUAUUUAGGCUGCAACUUGAGUGGGCCCGUGAUCGAGAAGGCGGCGACUACAACGACGAAGAUGUGUUAGAUGGCCUUCGACCGCACCAAAAUUUGGAGGAAUUGGUAAUUGAGAAUUUUAUGGGUGAUCAAUUUCCUCGAUGGUUAAUGGAAUUGCCAACAGCAACCACACUUCCCAGGUUAGCGCGUUUGGAAUUUAAAUGGUGCCACAGAUGCAAAGAACUCCUUCCCCUGCAGAACUUUGCGUCUCUUAAAGAGCUGCAGAUUUGGAGUUGUGAUGGGUUGACGAAUCUGCCCGGUGACAUGCUACACUCUUGUGCCUCUCUUCAGAAGCUUUGGGUGGCUUAUUGCAACAAUCUUAUCUCCUUUCCGCUUGAGUUGCAACGAACGCCUUCUCUCUUGACGCUGGAAUUAUUCCACUGUCCCAAACUGAAAACAAGCAUGACGCCCAAAGGAUUUGGUUUCCUAACCAGCUUAAGGGAGCUUAGCAUUGGUCCCUUCUCAGAUGAUGGUGAUGAUCAUGAAAAUUCUUCAAUUUACAAUGAGUUUGAUUGGUCUGGAUUGAUAUCCUCCUCCUCCUCCUCUUCGUCAUCCGCACUCCGUGGAUUAGAAUUAAUUGGGUUGCCACACGUGGAGUCACUGCCACCUCAGAUCCAAUACUUGACCACUCUGACGUCACUAUGUCUAUGGGACUUUGAAGGUAUAAAAGCUCUGCCAGAUUGGUUCGGAAACUUCGCGGCUCUUGAAGUAUUGGUUUUAAAUGGUUUCAAAGAGCUUGGACAUCUACCCUCUAAGGAUGCCGUGAGCCGUCUCACCAAACUAAAACGUCUGUCGGUUUCUGGUUCUCCUCUGUUAAAAGAAAGAUGCACUUCUCAGAGCAGCGGCCCCGACUCCCAGUGGUCCAAAGUUUCUCACAUUCAAGACCUACACAUCCAUGAAGACAAUUGAGGAGUUUUCGCAGCUGUUGGUCACCGCCUUCAUGUUUUGGUUCAAAAUUCUGGUAAUUUUAGAUAUGCUUCUCUUCUUUCACUGCUCAAUUUUGACUUUUAACCCCUUCAAUAUCUAAUCUAUUACGUAUGAAACAAAAGAAAUCUUAUCGUCAUGAAGAUAUUUUUGAGGUAGCCAAGGAAGGUAUGCACUGUUUGAGCAAUGAAGUCGCACAAAACUUGGUGGAGUAUCUUCCAACAUUCAACUCAAGUCUGCUUGUUGUGACUUGCUGAUCUUAAUGAAUCCACCUUGAUAGAGGCUUUUAAGCUCUCUUUGCUUUUAUGAUUGUCGGUUGCUUCUUUUUUUAUGUGAUUUUAGGCACAAAGCUUAACAGGGAACCUCAUCGAUUUCUCUUACUUACUGUCUUUACUUUUUCAAAGUCCUACAAUUCCUUGCUGGAUGGCAUUCUCUUUUUCUCUGUGCCUCAGAUGGCCAAAGUCUGAGAUAUCCAUUGGGAUCAAGAGCCAUCAUUACCGUGAAUUUCUGCUGAUGAUUAUGGGCAGUUUGGUUGGUGAUAGAGUUUUAGAGAAACAGACUGACAAUGAGAAGCUUGCAAAUUUUCAAGUGUUCAAGAGCAGAUUAUUUGAUGUGGACAGUUAAGCAAUGUCAAAGCUGAAAACUUUUGUAUUUACGUCUAGUGUACAAAAUUCUUUGUGUUAAAUAAGAACUAGCAGUUUACUUUUGCUCAGCUCAUAUGUCUGCUACCUCCAGUUGUAUAUCAUGAUUGCUGAAAGGAGCUAAUUCUCUUUAAACUUGAGAUUCUACAAGGAUUGAAAUGCUUACUCUGAACUUCCA